CACACACACACACACACACACACACAUUUCCUCAGGUGUUGCGCGCUUUCUACAAGUGAAAGGGUGGAGAACGUAAAGUUUACAUCUGUAUCGAAAAACUGUUCCCGAACUCACAUUCAGACUUACAGUCAUGGCAGAGGCUCACCAAGCAGUAGCGUUUCAGUUCACCAUCUCUCCCGAGGGGAUCAACCUGCAUCUGUCCUAUCAAGCCCUCAAUCAAAUCUACCUCGCCGGACUGCGGUCCUGGAAGAAGCGCAUCAGCAGGAUUAAAAACAGAAUAAUUAAAGGUGUGUACCCAGCGAGCCCCUCCUCUUGGAUUUUUGUUGCCGUAGCAAUCUUGGCCUCUAUAUACAUGCAGUCCGAUCCAUCUAUGGGUCUCAUCGCUAAGAUUCGGGAGCACCUGCCCCUCAGUCUACCAUUGAGCGCUCAAGGUCAGACGAUGCUGUCGGUGCUGCUGUUCAGUACUAUUUUGUGGUUGUCUCUCAUUCUGGCUCUGAGGUUCUGCCUGAAGCUUCUCUUGUCGUACCACCGAUGGAUGUUCGAGCAACAUGGAUGCAUUUCUACCAAGACCAAAGUCUGGGCGACCCUUGUUAGGUUGUUGUCCGGAAGCAAGCCAUUACUGUACAGUUAUCAGACGUCUUUACCGCACUUGCCUGUACCUUCCAUUAAAGACACUUUGGAAAAAUAUCUUGAGUCAGUGAAGCCACUGCACGAUGCGGCUGGUUUUCAGCGAAUGAAGAGACUGGCUGCUGAAUUUGAGAAAAGUCUGGGUAACCGCCUACAAAGAUAUCUCAAACUCAAAGCGCUGUGGGCCACAAACUAUGUUAGUGACUGGUGGGAAGAGUAUGUUUACCUCCGGAGCCGGAGUCCUAUCAUGGUCAACAGUAACUAUUAUGGCAUGGAUUUCCUGUUUGUGACUCCAACUGCCAGUCAGGCAGCUCGAGCUGGGAAUACCAUCACUGCACUGUUCCUUUAUCGCCGCAAGGUCAAUCGAGAGGAGCUCAAUCCCAGUCGUAUUCCUGGUACUGUUAUACCACUGUGUGCAGCUCAGUGUGAACGUAUGUUCAACACCACCCGCACACCUGGAGAGGAGACAGAUGUGCUGCAGCACUGGCAGGACAGCGAGUUUGUCGCCGUGUACCACGGGGGCCGCUUCUUCAGGUUAUGGGUCUAUCGAGCAGGACGCCUGCUGUCACCCAGAGAGAUCCAGUAUCAGAUUCAAAGGAUCUUGGAUGACCCUUCACUUCCUUCUCCAGGAGAGGAAAAACUAGGAGCACUGACUGCAGGAAACAGAACGCCAUGGGCUCAGGUGAGGAAGCAGUUCUUCAGCUCUGGAGUUAACAAGCGAUCAUUGGACUGCAUUGAGAAAGCAGCAUUCUUUGUCACACUAGAUGAUCAGGAAGAAGGCAUGAUGGGGGAAGACCCCUCUGUGAACUUGGACCGAUAUGCCAAAUCCCUCCUUCACGGAAAAUGCUACGACAGGUGGUUUGACAAGUCAUUUUCUGUUGUGGUGUAUAAGAAUGGAAAGAAUGGGCUGAACGCAGAACAUUCAUGGGCAGAUGCUCCUAUAGUGUCCCACCUGUGGGAGUUCACUCUGGCCACGGACAAAUUUCAUUUGGGUUACACACCAGAUGGGAAUUGCAAGGGAGAGAUUGAGCACUCCUUACUGCCUCCUCAACGCUUGAGCUGGGACAUACCAUUGGAGGUUCAGACACAAGUUUCCGAGUCGCUUGCUGUUGCGCAAGCCCUGGCUGAUGAUGUGGACUGUCAUGUGUUUCCCUUCAGAGAAUUUGGGAAAGGCCGCAUUAAGAAAAUGAAAAUCAGCCCAGAUUCAUUUGUGCAGCUGGCACUGCAGCUGGCUUACUACAGGGAUAAAGGGACUUUCUGUCUGACAUAUGAAGCCUCAAUGACCCGUCUGUUUCGUGAGGGUCGCACUGAGACUGUACGCUCCUGCUCCAAUGAAAGCUGUGCCUUUGUCCUUGCACUGGAAGCAGGAGAGGACAGAGAACAUUGCCAGAAGCUGUUCCGAAAGGCUUCCGAGAAGCAUCAGAAUCUUUACCGCUUGGCCAUGACUGGAUCUGGCAUUGAUAGGCAUCUCUUCUGCCUAUAUGUGGUCUCAAAAUACCUGGGAGUAGAGUCUCCUUUCCUCAAAGAGGUUUUGUCAGAGCCUUGGCGCCUCUCCACUUCUCAGACUCCUGUGCAACAGAUGGAGCUGUUUGAUCUUGUCAACCAUCCUGAGUUCAUCUCGCUAGGAGGAGGCUUUGGUCCGGUGGCUGACGAUGGCUACGGUGUCUCUUAUAUCAUCAUGGGAGAGGAAAUGAUCAGCUUCCAUGUGUCCUGCAAGCACUCCUGCACAGAGACUGAUUCUCAUAAAUUUGGCUCUCAAAUUAGUCAAGCCAUGAUGGAUAUUAUGUCUCUGCUGAACCCAGACUUCAAGGCAGCAACAAAAUCCAACCCUGCCAAACAGUCAUAAAAUUCUUACAGGAAGACUGGAUGCACAUUUGUUUGAAGACUGGCUUCUAUUUAUGUAAUUUGUGGAUUUUAUAUUUAAUUAUUUGAUGUUUGUAGGUUUGUGGGUGCUAUAUAUUGGAGCUAUCGUAGUGUCAAUAAUGAAAAUAAAAUAAGUAGCGUUUCUGGUUUUGCUAAUUGUUGCUAAUUUGCUAUGGCGGUAUUCUGUAUACAGUAUAUAUAUAAUUAAAAUAGGUGUUCCGAGGAAUUACGUUUGUCUGUCUGAUUGCUGGCUCUUUUUGUGAGAAAAAAAAAAAAAAAAAACGUGCAAAGAUUUUAUUUUUUUUGGUACCUUAAACGGACAAUUUUUGUAUCUUAUAUUCCUCCAAAAGGUGCAAAUGCAUACCGUAGACGUAGAGUAUAUUUAUAUGUACCCAAAAGUUACUACUACCAACCUUUUAGGGGUAAAUAACAUACAAAGUUUUCUUGUAGUAUAAUGUAGCUUUUAAUGUGUGUGUUGAAUUUCAUUGUUUUGUAAAUUAAUUUGAAGAGAAAAUUAUUUUGCUAGCAAGUAAGAUUCCUCCUCCAUUUAAGAAAUGCUGCUGUUUUUUUUCUUUUCUUUUGGAAUAUCAGAUAUAAAAUGUCUAUAGCACCUGUUAGAUAACACUGAAUUGAUUUUGAGGAAAUUACAUCAGUACCCGAAAAUAAACCAAUCAAUUAUAGGGUUCUUGUGUCAAUGUCCGGUGCUCUGCUGAAAAUUUGUGGUGCCUUGCUAACCAGACAAACCUUGAAGAAAAAUCUGUGUGGCUGCAGUGUGACAGUGAGAGGAGGGCAUCCUGUCACGUGCAACACUCUUUAACAUUUCAAUACAAUUCCAUAGAACAAGGUUUGUUUGUUCCUUUUUACUGUCAAAUGAUGCUCACACACAUCAUGAAGAUUACAAUUUCUUACACAUGGUUCAGAAAUGACAUGACGUCAGUCUCUUGCCAGAUGUUUAAUGGAUCAACUUGCCAAAAUGAUUGUAAAAGCAGUAUUAAUAAAUGUAUAUCAAAUGGA